AUGCCUUCAGCUCGACGCGCAAUCAUCGCGAUCACCUCUGCUCACGCCUCUCUUUUUGAAGAUGGUGGCCAUCAGACGGGCGUUUUUAUAAGCGAAGCCCUGCACCCGUACAAUGUGCUCAAAGCUGCAGGCUUCGAAGUGGACAUUGCCUCUGAGAAAGGGACGUGGACGGAAGACUGGCUUAGUCUGCAGCCUGGUUUCUUGAGUGAAGAGGAGAGACAGCAGUACGAUGACAAGAGCAGUGACUUCCGCCGCAACAUGGACAGGAAUUUAAAAGCAGAGGACUUGCUGGAGACAGAGUACGGUAUCUUUUUUGCAUCUGCAGGACAUGCCGCUCUAAUCGACUACCCCCACGCCAUAAAUCUCAAGAAGAUCGCUGCCAAAGUUUGGGAGAACGGUGGUGUCGUCUCGGCUGUCUGUCACGGCCCAGCCAUAUUUGCUGGUCUUCUCGAUCCCGCUACAGGCAAGCCUAUCGUUCAAGAUAGAGAGAUCACUGGUUUCACGACUCAAGCCGAGGAGGAGAUGGGAAUCACGAAAGGGCUUCGAUCGUGGAAUGAGCCACUGGUUGAUGAGCAUGCAAUGACGCUUGGCGCGAAGUACGUUCGGUCCGACGGUAUAUGGGAUGACUAUCAUGUUGUUGACGGGAGGGUCGUCACUGGUAUGAAUCCACAGAGUGCAAAGAGCACUGCAAGGGCGGCUAUCGAAGUGUACGAAAAGCAGUAG